ACCUUGACAACUCAAAUACUGUUCCGAGAUGUUCUGGUUGAUGCCAUCAAACCAUAUGCUUUCUACGCAUCAGAGUACCCUGUCAUCCUGUCACUCGAAAAUCACUGUAGUGAGCGGCAGCAGGAAACACUGGCAAGGCACUUGCGAGAUGUUCUUGGAGACAUGCUGUACACAGAGUCUGUCAAGGAGGACAUGGAGUUCCUGCCAUCCCCUGAAGCUCUCAAAAGAAAGAUCAUUGUGAAAGCAAAGAAGAAAGCCCCAGCUGAGAAAGCAAAUGAAAGCGAAUCAGAGGAGGAAGAGGAAGCAGAGAAAAUAGCAGUCGAGCUGAAGGCAGAUAUUCAACAGAAUAAGAAGGUUGUUGCCGAGGGACUGUCCAGUCUGGUCAACAUCUGCCAGGCUGUUCACUUCCAUGGGUUUGAGGAAGCCAAAGUCAGUGGCAAGUGCUACCAGAUGUCCUCGUUCUGUGAAACAAAAGCUGAGGAUCUCAUAGAGAAGAGUGCCAGGGACUUCGUGGCAUACAACACACGGCAACUGAGCAGAAUCUACCCUUCAGGGACACGAACUGGAUCCUCCAACUACAAACCCACCCCUUUCUGGAAUGUGGGUUGUCAGAUAGUUGCCCUCAACUACCAGAGCUCCCAGAGACCAAUAUUUCUGAAUGAAUCCAAAUUCCGACAAAACGGUGGUUGUGGCUAUGUCUUGAAGCCCAAGUUUCUCUGCGGAACAGGUGAUUAUGAUCCGGAUGCAGUGAUGGCUCACAGGUUGGAAGCAUCUGAACAAGGAGCUGGGCGAAUGUCUUCCCAGAAAUCUGUCUCAAGAUCUGUAGCCAUAAGGAUGUGGCAUCGGGCAAGGAAUAUUCUUUUCGUCAAAAGACUGAGGAGACUAGACGUCCCACAGAAGAUGAUGUUGGAGCAAGAGGCCUCGACACAGCUCAAAUUGAUUAUCAUUAGUGGACAGCACAUUCCGAAAGCGAAUCAGGACUUGCAGGGCGAAGUUGUUGACCCAUAUGUUGUGGUGAAGAUUGUGGGCCACCCUGCAGAUGCACAGAAAAAGAAAACUGAUAUUGUCAGGAAUAAUGGAUUCAACCCCAGAUGGAACCAAGAAAUGAGCUUCUCCCUGAAAGUACCAGAGUUGGCCAUGGUUCACUUCAUUGUGAGGGACUGCAGCACAACAGGCAAGGACGCUAUGCUGGGCAUGUACGCCCUGCCAUUCACCAGCAUACAGGAAGGGUACAGACAUGUUUACCUGUUGGAUUACCUGAGGAACCUGGUGUCACCAGCGACUCUCUUUGUGCAUGUCUCCAUCGAGUGACAAUUCAACAUUCUCUGCCAUGUACUAUGGUGGCUAUGUACUAAUUUCUCACGUAAUUCCUUUUUUUAAUGUGUAUAAGAGAGAGGUGGAAUGUGGUGAAGUGUGUAUCGCCUGGAGCGGUGAUGUAGGAAGAAGUAGAAUCCUCUGAGCCUAACGCCAUGUAUUGAGGAACAAGACACUCAUGAGGGUCUAAGCUUUUAGUAUGCAGCACUUGGUGCUCACGCCCAACAUCAGAGAGUUAGAAAAGUCUGUCUGAAGAGUUCCUCUGAAGUUGGUGUUCAAGAUUUAGUCCAUUGCAUGCUAUGAGCAUUAGAUGAGACCGUGUUACUUGCACUGAAAUUGCCACAACCAAAGAGAUGGACUCAUUAAUGAAUUAAUACAGCAUUUCUGUCAAUAAGUGACAUCAGGUGUGACAAAUUAAUGUUUAGAGGAAAUAAUAAUCUUACAAGUGAUCUGUACAUGCUUAUGUUUGAAGGUCAUUUGAGGAAGUUUUUUGUUUUUUUUCUGUGCAGCUGAAUUUACCCCCAAGCAAACUUUUCUCUGCAGUUUUAUGACAGGGCUUGGCAGCGAAAGGCUUUAUCAUUAACCUGAACAUACAUAAACUCUCUGGUGUAAGUUCAGUCCUUAUGGUUAAAAUAUGGAAUGCAUGUGAACACCAUAAAACAGAAAAUGGAACAAGCACAAGAUUUCAUCCAUCUGCAGUAGGAGAAUAUUUUUUUAGUGUAUAGGAAGCCUGUCUCUCCUGAAAGGUUGAAAAAUGCUAUAGUUUUGGGGGCUGCAUACUUUCACUUAAUUCUUUGGACUACCAAGACCUGCUGGAAACACUAAAGCUGCUUAGGGAACACGCAUUUGUACACAAAACCCCACAAUCCUUCCUCAAAUGACCUUCAAACCAGCGGAUGUAUGUCAUUUAGAAGUCUACUCCGUCCCUUCAGUACAAUUUGUCACACUUGAUGGCAGCUGUUGACAGAAAUGCUGUACUAAAUGAUCACUGAUGAUUCUGUGUCUUUGGCUUUUGUAGUUAACACAUGUACCCUGAACUCAUCUAGGUGGAAUGAGGUUUAAAAUCAUUCUUCAGUUCCUGCAAAAAAUAGACGUUUGAAGGUUUGUAAUAUUAUUGAAAAACUGGCAAGUUGGAAGUCCAUUUGGUACAGCCUUAUCAUUACUGACUCUGGGUGUAUUUAUUCUCCCCAACACUGAAUACACUCAUGUUAUAUAUUCUUAAACAUUUGGAUUUUUAUACAUCUUCAAAUACAAUAUAAGUUGAAGAGGAGAUAAGCCUUUUCUUUGUAUGAAAUUGAGAAAGAAUAGUAAGAAUAGCUGUGGCUGAGGUUCAGUUGUUAACAACCCAGUUUUUUUUGGGGGGGGGCAUAUGAUUGGUUGAUUAUUUUGUGAGCAUUUUCAAAUCAUCUGACACAAGUCUGAGCAUAAGUGGGCUGUGAUUUUUUAAAUGUCCUGCCAAGUUUUGCAGUAAAAUCACUUUUGGUUUAAUUUAUUUGAAUAUAUUACAUAAAAUUAGGUCCAGUUUCAGUUUUCAGCAUUUUCACCUCGUGAUUCACACGAUUUUAUUAUUUAUAUACCCUAAUUUUCUGUUCUGGGAUUAAAAAUAAAAUUAAACUGCUCCAAAUUGUAUAUGUUCCAUUCCUAUGUAUGACAGCACAAUGGGAAAUUAUGUCACUGAAGUUUUAAGGGGGUAGCAGCUGGUUUAUAAAAUCCAAAGUGAGUUAGCACGAAUUCUGUAUACUUGAUACAGUUUGGACUCUGUUGGCAAAUGUCCCAUAGUGUGCUGAAUGCAGCCUGUGAACUGCCAGGAUGCUAUGUCAUAUAAACUGAUAUGAUUAACAUUACAUGAUGCAUGAGUUAUAUAUACAGACACACACACACACACACACACACACGCACACACACUGUUAGAAAGAAAGAGCUCCCUUGUGUUGUGAGGUUUGAGGUUACUAUAGCAGUGGUAAUGAUGGUUGAAGAUACUGACUUUUUAAGAUGUGAUGCCAUACACUAUAAUAGAUAGGUGUAAACUUUUCUUCCACCUUGAAGAUGGAAGCAGCAGAUACAUCCAAAACGUUGGUACCUAUCUACCAAAUUAUAUAGCAUUACAUGUUAGAAUAGCAUAAUCUUCUCUCUUUUGUUUUUAUGAGUGGAGCCCAUUUUGGACCCAUCCAGCAUUUAAAAGAAGAUGUUCUACUUUUACGGACAGUAGACAGUGGUAUCUUCAGUGAUGGAUAAUUUUUGUAGUUCCUCAUGUAAUUUGCUGUGAAAUAGAAAUAAUGGCUUUCAUAUGCUGUUGGACUGAGUCUCACAGAGAGUCCAGAAUGGUCAGGACUUCUCCCAGGGAACCAACAUCUGUGGAACCAUUAAAUUAGCUGGUGCAGCUUUUCCAUGCCCAUUCAUGUAUGAGCUAUGUCAGUUUUAUAUUAAGCUAUUAGGUUACUAACCUCAGCAAAUGCUAUUAUAUAUUUUUAUAAGAUAUAUUUUUUACCACGCGGAAUCCUUUUGUAUAGUAAAGUUUGUACAGUAACCUGAGGUUAAAUUUACUGUGUGGAAGUUACUUCAAGAGGAGGCUCUGAGCCUUGGCUUCACAGUGUUCACUUGAUCAAGUGCAGACAAAUUUUUCCAAGCAACCAUAAGUUUUACAGAUAUGAAAUCUGUAGGUGAGAGUUCUCUGUAUCUACUGACAUGGUCUGUGAGUUACUUGGCAAUAUCUCUAAUAACCUUUUUUUAAGGCAAAAAAUUAAAGCAUUGAGUGUAUGAAGGGUAAGCCUUCCCUUAUGUGUAAGUGCCUUGAAGUGUUUCUGCUGCUGUGGAACCCAUUGUCUUAUGUUGUCUCAUUUGUGAGAGUUUCAGAAUUUUCUUUGUUGUUGUUAUACAAAGAACAUUGACAGGAAAUGCAGCUGAUUAGUUUGUAUGCUGAGAGUCUGAUUUACAUUUUGCUAACAUUUAUUGUUGUGAAAGAAACACUAUGUAUUUCACAGUGGUUCAUUGUUGAUGUUUAUUCUACUUUUGGGACUUUGUGCUGUGUUGAUGCAGGCAGCAUUGUUGACAUUCCAGAUUUAAAUGCUGCCCCCAUCUUCAGGGUUGAAGUGAAUAGUGUGGAUGAGUUUAUAUGCGUGUAUACGUAGGUUUUGGUUGAACAGACCCAUGGAGGGAGGACGGAAAACUUGUACCCAAUCCUGACCAGUAUGAUCAGUGGGCAAGGAAAGUUACUGAACAUUGUGCUUGAGGGCCACAACAUUCAUGAAAAGACCAUCAGUGACAGAUGCUCCAGAAUGAUCACCCACAGAAGUGCUCACCGAACAGAAUGUUGUUUCAGUUAACUGUGCUGUGGGUCAUGUGGAACGUUGCAGAGGAUUCCCUAAUGGCCAAGGGUAUAUUGCCGCAGAAACAGGAAGGAAGGUAAUCAGGGAUUCGUGUACUGUAUAAAGGAGAUGUCAGCACAUAUGACACGGACUGUUCGCAAGGACUGGAUUGAAAUUAUUUGCAUUCUUCCAUUCCUGGCACGGUUUCUUCUUAUCACCACAAAAAAUAUAUACAUUUUACUUGUCCUGUCAUAUAUUUGUUUCUGAUCAGAAUUGUGUGCUGAAGAAUAACACAGUGAGAGAUGUUUUCACAAGUUUUCUAAUAGUGGGCAAAUUGUUCUUCAAAUAUUCAUUCCAAAUUUUGUAGUUGUGAUACAUUAACAUUUUAAAAAUAAUCAGCCUGAUAAUUAAUUAAGUAAGUAAGUAACUAAGGACCCUUUUUUGUAUUCUGAGAUCUGUUUAUUUGGCUGCAUUCAUCUCCCCCCCAAUGAUUCAUCCUGAAGAUGUAAGUGUGAUAUGUACCAAAAUGUUUGGAAGAGCUUCAAGAUAUGACACAGCUGAAGCCCAGAGAAACUGAAAUUACAGUUGUGCCCUGAAGUAGGAUGCAGAAAGUCAAUGUAAUUAUUUAGAAAUGCAAUUUUAGAAAUUUUAAAGCAUUUGAAAAUUAAAGAAAUCUGUAAAAAGUUGUAAAUUUGGGGGUUAAUUAUAUUGCUAAUUGAAGAAGUUAAAAACUGCA